AAUAUUUAUUCUUUUUUGCACAGGGGACAUCCCGACUAUGAUACAGACGUCGAUGUGGUUCACAUGGAAGAACUUGGCUCAACACCAUCACAAGCCAUCUACAAAUCUUGCAUCGCUCCAAAAUGUACCAGGACACAAGAAGACGUACAGGGUGUAGGGCCCUUUUUGUCAGGUACCCUGCAAGUGCACAAGGAGUACAUGUUCAUUCAAAAGUCAAACUUCAUGGAAUCGGAAGACUAUUUAUUGGUUUCCUAUAAGAGAGGUCCCUUUAAGAGAGCCUACUUCCCGAGUGACUUGAAAACAGAUGACUUUAUGUUGCUGGAUGUUGAUGAUGGUCAAGUUUUUGUGGCUGUCAAUCAUGGUAAUCAGGUCAACCUGUAUCUCUCUGAAGCAACUGGCCAGUUCUACGUACUCAGCCUGGAAAAUGUCUACCAUACUUUACUGCCCAACGACUUCGACAUUGAUUUUCAUGAG